AAAUAAACUAUUAAUCACUAAUGUGCUGAAGCGAAAAUGUCUUCCGGUUCCGAUUCAAAUCGUGUUGAUAGUGACACAGAUGAUAGUUCACCUUCGGCUUCAACGUCGCGUAAGAGGCCUAAAUUGGCGUACAAACAAAAAUACAAGAAGGAUUGGGAGAAACAAAUGCCAUGGUUACAAGAAAGCCAAAAUGGAGCAUCUUUUGGUUGGUGUAAAGCAUGCAAAUGUGACAUAAAAAUCACCCAUGGAAAGGGUGAUUUGGUAAAACACGAGUAUACAUCAAAACAUACGAAAUCUUGUGUAUCUACCGUAGGACAAAAAACCAUUACGUCCAUGUUUGCUGAGAAGACAAAAGAAAUGACCACAGAGAUGAGGGCAAAAGAAGCCGAGAUACGAAUUGCCGGUUUUGUCGCGGAACAUAAUCUUCCAUUUAAGAUAAUGGAACAUCUUCCAGAUUUAAUGCGUGCUGUGUGCAGUGACUCGGCCAUCGCUAAAAAAAUCAAAUGCGGUCCUACCAAAAUUAAAUCAAUUAUUACAAACGUAACAGGUGAAACUCAUCGGCAAAAUCUAAUAGCUUUGAUGAACAGUAACAAAUUUAGUUUAAUUGCCGAUGAGUCAACUGAUCGCUCGUGCACUAAAAAUUUGUGCCUAGUUGCAAGGAUAAAUUGUAAUAACAAUAAUGUAAAAGACUACUUUUUGGCGUUAAUUCCAAUACAUGACGCUACUGGCGCAGCUUUGUUUGAACAUAUAAUUCAAUUUUUCAAUAAGUAUGGAAUUGAUUUUAAACAAAACUGUAUCGGUUUUGCUUCUGAUGGAGCAAAUAAUAUGAUGGGGGGCCAAAAUUCUGUCGUAAGUCGUAUCAAAGAACUUAUACCUGGAAUAUUUGUCAUGAAAUGCAUAUGUCACAGUUUCCACCUUUGCGCGUCAUAUGCGUGCGAAAAGCUUCCUGAAGAAGUUGAAAAAUUCGCCAGAUAUGUUUAUAAUUACUUUUCCAAUAGUCCCAAAAGAACUGAGGAAUUGAAAGAAUUUCAACAAUUUGCUAAUGUAUCUCCAGUAAAAAUGCUACACCCAUCUUCUACAAGAUGGCUGUCACUAGAGUCAGUUGUCACUAGGUUACUCACUCAAUACGGCGCUUUAACGCUAUACUUUACGGAUAAAGCAUCAUCUAAAAAAGAUCAAGCAGCAUUUUCUAUUUUACACCUUCUUCAACAACCUGAAACAAAAUUGUACUUAGAAUUUUUGGCUUAUGCUUUACCAUUUUUUAAUAAAUUAAAUACGUUAAUGCAAAGUGAACAGCCACAAAUUCAUACUAUUUAUAAAGAAGUCAGCAACACCAUAAAAACAAUUAUGGAAUGUUUUAUUAAAGACAGUAUCAUGAGUAAAUUAAAUGUUUACGAGAUAGAUUUCCAAAAUCCACGGAACUUCCAAAAUAUUGAAGAAAUGUACUUUGGCGCCGUAAUAAAUAGCAGUGCUAAUUCAGAGACCCUUUUGCAAAUUAAAAAGCAAUGCCUUCAAUUUUAUAUUGAAUCUUUAAAACAGAUCUUGUCUAGAUUUCCCUUAAAAGAUUCUAUUUUUUCAAAAUUGGAUUUCAUGGAUCCAGAGACUGUUGUAAAUAGAAAAGUUAAAUCUAUUGCCGAUGUUGUGUCACAUUUUUCCAAUCUGCACUCCCAUAGUCUUCAAGACAUCGAUAGUCAAUGGAGAAUGUUGCGAAAUAUAAAUUUUGAUGAUUUUAAUUUAUGUAUUGGUGAUGACAUCGUAUCAUUUUGGCGGAAAGUUUCUAAAAUAAAAUUGGGUACCGGUGAACAAAAAUUUGGUAAAUUAAUUGCUUUCGUAUUUAAUUUAUUAUCUUUACCGCACUCCAGUGCGAAUGUAGAAAGGUGUUUUUCUCAAAUAAAUUUGAAUAAAACCAAUAUGAGAAACAGAUUAAUUAGUAGUACCUUGGAGGGUAUACUACUAACAAAAAGUUUGGUUUCCGAAGGCGGUCAAUGCGAUAAGUUUGAAAUAAACAAAGAGAUGUGUAAGAAAAUGAAUAGUACUGAUUUGUACAAAAACAAAGAAAAUGAGGGGUCUGAUUUAGACUCUGAUUAAAAAUAUAAUUUUGUAUACAUAUUACCUUGUUUUAUUUCAUAUAUGUAUUAAUGUAUUUGAAUUUUUACUUUGGUAAGUACAAAGGUCCACUAUAUUAAAAAUUGUAAAGAAAAAAUUAACACGCCGCUGCUUUGCCAUUCAAAAUGGAAUUCUCACGAUUUAUCACGAUUUUUUACGAUCAACCUAACGAAAUCUGUUCAAUGCCAUCUGUGAUCACUGUUUGACGUGACAUUUUAUUUUUGCAAUUGCUGUUGAAUUUUUGAAAAAAAAAUUAGUUUUGUGAUUUGUUACUGGUAAGUAUGCAUUGCAACGUCAAAGUUCACAACUUUUUAGAAAUUUUUAUAUUAUACUUGAUGAACAAAUGAAGUUUGAAUUAGUAUGUACAUCAGGAAGGACAAACGCAGUUCAGUGGGUCUAAUGUUUGUUGUUGUAAAAAAGUUACAUUUUUCACAAAUGAGAUAAAUAAUUUGUAGUACUGUAAAUACUCGUAGCAUAAUGAACUGAUUUGGUUCUAUCCCUUCAAAUUUGGCUAUACUUUGUUUUUUAUCG